AUGGGCCAUCAAGUACAAGUCCGUCAUGGGAGUUCACCUGGUCUGGAGGCCGCCGCGUGGUCUCAGUUUCUUGUCAAUUACCAGGCUAUUUGGUGGGGACACGCCAACAUCAGGUGGGAGUGGCGGUUGGCAACGAUGAUUCCGUCGGAUAUCCACGGCACUACUAUCGAGACGACCAUGGCUGAUGUGAAGCUGUUGGCCGCACUGUCAGGAAUGUCGUUUUCAAGCUCACCAGGUGUGAUAGCGCGGAUGAAAUGUGGGGAGAUGCUCACCAAGUCUCAGCACAUGGUUCUUGGGGCAGUGGUGUACUACCGUUCAGGAAGGGAGAAUAUCGCGCCCAAAAUUACCGUGAAGGUCCUGUGCAAAUCCUCCACAUGGCUGCACUGUCUGCUGGAGAUGCAAAACCACCUCACGGCCGCCCGCCCAUUUCCAUCAACUCCAACCGAUGAUAGUAAACAACAUAAAAUCACCACCCUCCUGUCCAGACCCCGAACGGAAUACGGCGCCCAACCCCCCUUCUCCCUCGGCAAUCUCAGUUUCUUUUCCACAACCCUCUUCACCCACCCCUGGAAACACAACCUCUCCUCUGGCCCACCCCCCGCCCUCUCCUUGCAAGCAGAACUGAAACUUACCCCCCUGUCGUUUCUGGUUCUCAAUCAAGACAUGAAGUGUUGA